AUCUCUAACCUCUCAAAUCACCAGCCUAAACUUAGCAGCAACACCACCACCUUCCUUCCGUCUCUCCUCUGUCCCUCUCCGCGCGCGGGAACCACGGUGGCAUGCUCCGCGCAUUGGGCAGCCAGAGUACGAGGACGAGAUGAGGGGCGACGGCGACAAGGAGGCCUUCUUCCACUGCCUGGACCGCGUGCCGUCGGGCAUCCACAUCGACGCCGACUUCCCCUCCGACGACGACGACGACGAUGAGAACGGCCGCGCGUCCUUCUCGUCCGCCAUGCCCGACCAGGCCUUCCAGAGCUUCCGGAAGCACCAGGCGGCCGUGCUGGAGCUCGACGACGAAGAGCCGGAGCCGGAGGAGGAGAUGGAGGACGCGUCCAAGUACGACAUGUGGAUGUCCGACGAGCCCAUGUCCAUCCAGGAGCGCCGCCGCCGUCUGCAUCAGGGCCUCGGCAUGGUCAGCAGCCGCGACCUCGCCCUCCGCCGCCACAGCACCAAGAAGCGCUUCGUCGACGUGCCCCGCAGCGUCUCCAGGCGGAUGGUCAUGCAGCAGGAGCAGCAACAACAGCAGCCGCAGCCGCUGCCGACGUCGUCAUCGUUGCCGGCCGCCGCUGACGCGCCGAGCACCACGACCGUGACCCCUGCGGCGCCGCUGUCGGGUGCCGCAGCGGCGCGUGACAUGCUGAUGAACCAGCCGCCGCCGGCCAAGGCCAGCAUCACGCGGCGCCGGUCGGACACCUUCCUCGCCGUGCGGGAUGGCGGCACGCCCGGCUCCGGGAAGCCGCAGCUGGCCACGUCUCUGCGCUGUGCUCGCUCCUUGCUGAGCCCGCACGACCCUUGCAGCGGCGCGCUCGCCGACAAGUUCAAAGCGGCGGCGGCGGUGACGACAACAAUGACACGCGAUUUGCCCCCACCGGCAUCAUCGCCAUCGGCGGAUAAAGGCGACGACGGCAGUGGCAAGAAGCAGCAGGACAGCAGCAAGGAGGUCGUGCCCGCCGCAGCCGGCGCCGCGCCCAAGGACCAGAGCCAGACGGGCGCAAUGGGGCUGGAGGACCAGUUCGAGAAGCUCAUCGGCAACACCCCGAUCGUGAAGCACCUGAUGCGGCGCGGCCAGAGCCAGCACCACAGCCAGCCCUUGCCGCCUGCCACCGGCACCCCGCCGCCCAAGGGCGACAACAAGGCGCCUGCCGGCAAGAAGAAGGGCGGGUGGCUCAAGAACAUCAAGUCCGUCGCCAUUGGCUUCAUCGGAGACAAGGAUGGCAACGUCGGCAAGUCGUCGGGGGCUCCGGCCGCUCCGACAACAGGCGCCACCGCACCCGGCGCGGGUCCCGGCAGCGGCGCCAUGCCGCCACCGUCGUCGAUGUCGUCCUCCUCCUCGUCCGCCGCCGCGUCGACAGAGAAGCUCAAGGUGCACAACUACGGCAAGUCGAGCAAGGAGCUCACCGGACUCUACAUGUCCCAGGAAGUGAAGGCGCACGAAGGAUCGAUAUGGAGCAUCAAGUUCAGCGCAGACGGGCGGCGGCUGGCGAGCGCGGGGGAGGACGGCGUGGUGCGCGUGUGGGAGGUGGUGGAGACGAGCGCGCCUCCGGGCGCCGUGCCGCAGGACGGCUCGCUCCCGCCGCUGCCCUGCUCGGCCGCCGACGGAUCAUCGGCAGCGGCACCGGCGCUGACCAAGAAGUCGACGACGAAGGCCGGCAAGACCGGCAAGGACGCCCUCCCGGAACACCUCGUGGUGCCCGACAAGGUGUUCGCGCUUGCCGAGCCGCCGCUGUGCGUCCUCGAGGGCCACGAGGACGACGUGCUCGACCUCACCUGGUCCAAGUCCGACCAGCUGCUGUCGUCGUCCAUGGACAAGACGGUGCGGCUGUGGGACACGACGAGCAAGGGUUGCCUCAAGACGUUCUCGCACAGCGACUACGUGACGACCAUCCAGUUCAACCCGGUGGACGACCGGUACUUCAUCAGCGGGUCGCUGGACGCCAAGGUGCGGCUGUGGAGCAUCCCCAACCGGCAGGUCGUCGACUGGACCGACGUCAACGAGAUGGUCACCGCCGCCUCCUACAGCCCCGACGGCCAGGGCGCCAUCAUCGGCUCGCACCAGGGCAGCUCCCGGUUCUACAAGACCGCAGACUGCAAGCUGAGCGCGGAGGCGCAGAUCGACAUCCAGAGCAAGAAGCGCAAGUCCCAGGCCAAGAAGAUCACCGGAUUCCAGGUUCCACAUAUAUUAAUCGGUUCUCUUUCUUGGCUUUGCUCAUCCAUUGUUCUUGCUCAUCUUCUUGGUGAUGCUGCAGUUCUCGCCGGCGAACCCGUCGGAGGUGCUGGUGACGUCGGCGGACUCGCAGAUCCGGGUGUUCGACGGCGUCACCAUGGUGCAGAAGUUCAGGGGGUUCAAGAACACGAGCAGCCAGAUCGCGGCGGCGUACACGAGCGACGGUCGGUACGUGGUGUGCGCCAGCGAGGACUCGCACGUCUUCGUCUGGAAGACCACCCGGAGCGCGCCGGCCGCGGCGCCCGGGAUCGGCGGCAUCGGCAUGAAGCCCAAGACCUGGUGCACCACCCGCUCCUACGAGAACUUCUACUGCAAGGACGUCUCCGCCGCCGUGCCCUGGCCCCACUCCCCGGCCCCACCCGGCAGCCCCUCCUCGCAGAAGCCCGCCGGCGUGUCGUGCACCGACGACAUCUGCACCAUGGCGAGCCACGCGGCGUCGGGGAAGAGCGGCGAGCUUGUCGGCAGCCCCGCGGCGCCGCAUCAGCAGCAGCCGUCGCCGCACUCGGGCCCGCUCGACACGCCGUCGUCGAAGCAGGGGAAGAGCGGCGGCGCGGCGGACGGCGGCAACGCGUGGGGGCUGGUGGUGGUGACGGCGACCCUGGGCGGCGAGAUCAGGGUGUACCAGAACUUCGGCAUGCCCUUCAGGAUCAAAGGCCAGGGCAACCUCUUCCACUGAUCCCUUGAGACCAAACCCUUGCUGCGAGGCUGCGAGCGAAUCUGCAAGUGAUGUGUUCGACGAAUUGACAGAGUCGCAGCCUACUGUAUCUUAUCUUACUGAAGAUCUUGUGUGUGACCUGUUUCAGGUAGAUUAAAAACUUCGUCCGUGUAACGAUUUUGAGCAUAGGUAAACUGUGUAACGAUUUUGAGCGUAGGAAAACUGUGUAGAAUGCCCGAUUUGUAAAGUUAGUGCCUCGAUGGGAAAUGUACAUGGAAAUGGGAUUUGCUGCAUUUGCAUUUGGACCGUAUUAGAUUAAGCACAUUUAGGGCGUAUAUAUGCUCGAGGCCAUGGGAGUAUUACUGUAAUCAGAGUGAAUAAGCAAGCGGUUGUAAUCAUCUGAUUAUAGGGAUUUUGUGAUAUUUAUUCGGAAAAGAAGACAGUAGUUGAGGCUA